GUUUUGGGAGCAUAGGUUGACGCCAUGCAUCGACUGCUCUGUCUGCAUGUAUUCCUAUGCUGUCUCAGUAUGGCUCUGUCCUUUUGUCCCUCACAGUGUACCUGUGUCUUUCAUGGACGGGUUGAAGGAACAGGAACCAGAUCUGUUCUCUGUAACGACCAGGACAUGUCUGACAUCCCCGUCAACGUCCCUGUGGACACCGUCAAACUCCGAGUAGAGAAAACCGCAGUGCGGCGAAUCCCAACCGAAGCUUUUUACUAUCUGGUGGAGCUGCGAUACCUCUGGAUUACCUACAAUUCCAUCACAACAGUGGAUACGGGAAGUUUUUACAACCUGAAAGUGCUCCACGAGCUGAGGCUGGACGGGAAUAUGAUUUCCGUUUUCCCUUGGGAGUCUCUCAAGGAGAUGCCAAGGCUGAAGACGCUGGAUCUCCACAACAACAGACUCACCAGUGUUGCUCCUGAAGCCAUCCCCUAUCUAGUCAACAUCACCUAUUUGGAUCUGUCCAGCAACAAACUAACUACCCUGCCCUCUGACCUUAUGGAUAUCUGGCCACCUUUUAAUGGUGUGCCCAUCUCUUCUAAUGCCUCUCAAAAAGUCGUGCUAGGCCUUCAGGACAAUCCUUGGUUCUGUGACUGUAAAAUCUCAAAGCUGAUAGAGAUUUCCAAAAUGGCUGACACCCCAGUGAUCUUGAUGGAUUUAUUUUUGACCUGUGCCACGCCGGACAAUCUAGCUGGUGUCCUUUUUCAGCGUGCUGAACUGGAGAAUUGUGUGAAACCAUCAGUGAUGAUCUCUGCUACCAAGAUAACUUCACAUUUAGGCAGCAAUGUCCUCUUGCGAUGUGAUGCCUCAGGAUCUCCGACUCCAGCUCUCUAUUGGACCAAGUCAGAUGGCUCUCCAGUCAACAACACAGUUCAGGAGUCACCCGGGGAAGGCAUUAACUGGUCCAUCAUGAGCUUGCAUGGAAUCGAGCAUAAAGAUGCUGGGAACUAUAGUUGCAAAGCAAAGAAUGUUGCUGGCACUGCGAUAGCCACCAUUUAUUUAACGGUGGCCGGUACCAUGAGCACUACUGCUCCCCCAGUACGACCCAGCGUUGGAAAUGGACCAACCAGCCAAGGCACAGCGAUCACUCCUCCGACUGACAUUUCUAAAUCGCCGCUCACUUCACCAACAGCCCUUCCUGGAUCACUAACAACACCUUCUGCUGCCCAAAAGCCACCCAAACCAAUCUCUGGUAACAAUUCUCAGAAAAGUUCUCUCAAAGAGACCAAAACCCAGCAAGGAGGUAGUGGCAAAAAAUUAGCAGCAGAUGAGAAAAGUAAGAAAACUGACAACUCAAAAGGUCUUAAAGACCUGGAGAUUGUAGAGCAGACGGCUGACAGUGCAGUGCUGCUCUGGACUGCAGGUGGAUUGUUAAAUGAUGCCCCACUUACUGUUGUGUAUUCACCAUAUGGGGAGGAUGACAGUAAGAGGACGAUGGAGACAAAAGCUGGAAGUGGAAAAGUGCUUCUUGACGGACUGUCUCCUGGAAUGAGGUACUCAGUUUGCCUUGUAGCAAAAGGUAGCACCACUGGAAAAGAUCCUUGCAUUGACUUCUACACAGAGGACGGCGGGCAGAACAUACUUUUCUUUAUCGUAAGCAGUGUUGCCUGCGUUUUGAUUUUGCCUCUAAUUGCUCUACUCAUCUACAAAAUUCUUGCUCUUUACUGCAAAGGAAGCAACACGUCUCUGGAUACAAAUGAGCUGGAAAAAGAAAGUUAUGUCAAAUUUGAGACAAUCUCAAUGAAACAAAGAACUCUGAACUCUCACCCAACUGAACUGUGGGCAAGAAGACCGACGAAUGAAUCUGAGCGUCUGUUGUUGUGCUCCCGGUCAAGCAUUGACUCUCAGAUGACCUACAAGAGUGACAGCUCUCGCUCUGAGUAUCUCUGCUGAUGUCAAC